AUCGCGCUAACAGUACUCGAGUAGUGUGCCCGGCACAUUUCUGACGAAAUUUUUUUAAAGCACGCACGCUUUAGUCUUAAAACAUAAAGUAACAGUGUAACUCUCUGUGAUCGUUCCUGUGUGACGUAGGAGAAAAUAUAUAAGAGGGCCAAGAAAUAGAGAAGAUGAAAGAAAAUAUAAAAGCGAUGAAUAAGAAUACAGAAGCGAACAAAAAAACAAAAGUGAUAAAUAAAAAUACAGAAGCGGACAAAAAGAUUGAGAAAAUGAGCGAAAAUAUAAAGAGGAAACAAAUAGCGAAGAUGAAUGAAGAUACAGAUGAAGACGAGUACGAUGUUAACAUUUCUGGAUAUUGUUGGAAUUUCGUGCUUGCACCAGAAAAUGUUGAAUCGGACAAGGAAAAUGGAAAAGAGAAAACCGAGAAAAAUGUGAAAGCAGUCAAACGAAUGAAGAAAGUAAAAGAAAAUGUAGAAGCGGCUCAAGAAACAGAAAAGAUGACAACAAAUACAGAAGUGAUCAAAAAAGUAAGGAAAGUGAGUAAAAAGACAAAAGCGGACAAAAAAAUAAACGAGAUGAGUAAAGAUAUGGAAAAUAAAAAGUACGAAGAAGAUGAAGAGGACGACGUAUAUGAGAAUUACCAAGUUGGAAAAAAUAUAGAAGCAACUAAAGAAACAGAAAAGAGAAGUGAAAAUACAAAUGUUGACAAAAAAAUAGAAGAAAUCUGUGAAAAACAGGACAAAAUAAUAUCAAUUUUAGAGAAUAUGAGCAAACAAGAAACGACGACACACAAAUACGAAAAAGACUUUAAAGUUGGUAAAAAUAUAGAAGCAACUAAAGAAACAGAAAAGAGAAGUGAAAAUACAAAUGUUGAUAAAAAAAUAGAAGAAAUCAGUGAAAAACAGAACAAAAAAAUAGAAGGAAUCACUGAAAAACAGGACAAAAUAAUAUCAAUUUUAGAGAAUAUGAGCAAACAAGAAGCGACGACACACAAAUGCGAUAAAGACUUCAAAGCCGGGGAAAUUACAACAGCAGACAAAGAGGAGGAAAAUAAUAUAGCGGCCAAAGAAAUAGAAAAUAUCAAUAAAAGAAUCGAAAAGAUAGAGAAUAAAAUUACAAAAUUGGAAAAAAUAUAG